AUGGCAUCUUUUGAGGGCAAAGUGAUUGCUAUCACCGGUGCAGCCUCAGGCAUGGGGCUUGCUACUGCAAAAUUACUAGCUUCUCGUGGUGCAAUCAUAUCCUUGGCGGAUAUUAACGAAGCCGCUGUCAAGAACGCCCAAGAAUCUUUGCCUGGACAAAAUCACAUUUACACUGUUGUUGAUAUACGACACAGCCAGAAUGUUGAUGCAUGGAUCGACUCUACUGUUGAGAAGCUGGGCAAACUCGAUGGCGCAGUGAACAUGGCAGGAAUUAUUAGCCCAGCCCAGCCUAUCACCGAGAUUAGUGAUGAAACUUGGGAUUUCAUCUUCGCAGUUAACACGCGGGGUGUGUUUUUCUGUCUGAGAGCACAGCUUAGAGCCAUGAAAGCAGGUGCUAGUAUUGUUUCUGCUGCAAGCACCUUUGGACAGAUGGGAGCACCCGGUGUCUCGCCAUAUUGUGCUAGCAAAGCUGCCGUCAUUGGGUUAUCUAGGACUGCAGCAAAAGAAAACCAGAAAAUUCGAGUGAAUUGCGUUGCACCAGGUGAGAUCAAGAUAGCAUCUGCAUCGCUCUGUCAAUACACCCAUGUCCCAGGGGAGGAUGCCGAGGAUGUUAAGCGUGGUCUUCAAGCCACUGCCCAGAAGCGACAUGCGGAGCCAAUCGAAGUGGCCAAUGUAAUUGCCUUUUUACUGAGCGAUGAAGCAUCAUUUGUGACUGGGGCAGUUUACAAUGUGGACGGAGGAUGGAUCUGCUAG